UAGUAGAUUCCAAGGGUUUAGCAGCAGCGGAGGAGAUUACAACUGGUCUGGCACUUUAGGUAAUUACAAUAAGCAUAGCUCAAAUAUGUCACAAAAUGAAAAUGCUGCAAAGAGUAACCAUAUGUCAGAAUAUAGUGGGAACCAGCAAUUAGAGAACCACCACAACCAAGAUUUUUCGGCAAGCAGUCAUUUUAAUAGGCAAAUAUCUAAUCAUUAUGAGGGAACAGUUCCAUACAAUGCAAAAGCAAUUCAAAAUCAAAAUGACCAACGAUUUCUCCCUGGUGGGGGUUUUGGUCAUCAAUUUAGUCAGCCAACACUCCAGCAACAUGAGCAGAAGCAUGCCUCAAAUGAUUAUUAUGGGACUCAAACUACAGCCAAUUAUUCCCAGCAAGCAUUUCAGAGCAGCCAGCAGUUUGGUCAUGCUCCCACUGCAGGAAGAUCAUCCGCUGGCCGUCCACCACAUGCUUUGGUUACUUUUGGUUUUGGUGGAAAACUGAUUGUGAUGAAAGAUUAUAGUUCUUCUGGAAACUCAUCCUUUCGAAGUCAGAAUCCUGUAGGAGGUUCAAUAUCUUUGCUCAAUUUGAUGGAUGUUGUCUCUGAGAGAGUUGACAGUUCAAGUCUUGCGAUGGGGGCAUGCGACUAUACCCGAGCUCUGUGCCGACAAUCAUUCCUUGGUCCACUAGUUGGUGGUAGUCCCAGUAUCAAGGAGUUGAAUAAAUGGAUUGAUCAGAGGAUUUCAAACUCUGAAUCUCCUGACAUGGAUUACAGGAAAGGCGAAGGUUUGAGGUUGCUUCUGUCAUUGCUAAAAAUAUCAUGUCUCCGUUCUCCUUUUGGUACUGAGGCUGUGUUGAAGUUUUAUUCCACUGCCUUUUGUUUCCUGAAAGUGAUGUAUGUUCCAGAAACAGUAGCCAAAUUGUUUGCUUCUGUGAAGAGGAACGGGAUGCAACUCAAUCAAUAUGGCACUGUUGCCCAGUGGUUGCAGCAAUUGCCCUCUGAAGGACAGAUGCGGACUACGGCUUCUGAGCUUCAAAGUCUUCUAGUAUCUGGAAGAAAGAAAGAAGCAUUACAAUGUGCACAAGAGGGGCAGUUGUGGGGACCAGCUCUUGUUCUCUCUGCACAACUUGCUGAUCAAUUCUAUGUAGAAACGGUGAAGCAAAUGGCACUUCAACAGUUAGUAGCAGGGUCACCUUUGCGGACACUCUGCCUACUAAUUGCAGGUCAACCGGCUGAUGCCUUUUCUGUAGAAUCUACAUCUCAACGUUGUAAAUGCGGUUCAACAGCCUGCACAGUGCUUCAGUUGUUUUCCGAUGGGGUUUUGGUCGGGGUUUUGUUGGUUGGUUGUUUGGAGGUCGGAGAACUGGUGGUUUGGUGGUCAUUUGCUGGUUGUUUUAGCUUGGGUGAUGGAGGUCUGGUUCUGGUGGGCUGA